ACCGUCGCAUGUGUUUUGGACUCCUGUUUUAUUUAGUAGAAGAACUGAAUCGCUUGUGAUCAUGGCAGACGCAGCUGUCGAUAGGACAAUCCUGGCUGGAGAUAUCGUACCGGAACCGACGGAAGUGAUGAAAAUGAACAAGAAAGUCAUCCUCGGCCCUGGAUUACGCAUAGAGAAUGAAGUAGUACGUGCGAACAAGUGUGGACAACUGAAAAUGAAGGCUCCGAACACAUACUGGGUGGACGCGUACCAAAAACGUUACGUCCCAAAUCGAGGGGAGCUGGUCAUCGGGGUCGUCACAGCAAAAGCCGGUGACAUUUUCAAGGUCGACAUUGGCAGCAGCGAAGCGGCUUCCCUAUCAUACAUUGCAUUCGAAGGGGCAACCAAAAAGAACCGGCCGGAUGUUAACGUUGGCGAUAUUGUUUAUGCCCGAUUGUUGAUUGCCCAUCCAGACAUCGAGCCGGAACUUGUGUGCGUCGAUUCGCAUGGGAAAAAAGGCAAGCUGGGCGUAUUGAGCGGCGGCUUUUUGGUAUCCUGCAGUUUAAACCUUGUGAGGAAGAUACUGAAUCCGAAAUGUACGUUUCUGGGCUUGCUUGCUAAAGAAAUGGCGUUCGAGAUGGCUGCCGGAAUGAAUGGCCGAAUUUGGAUUCGGGGAAAAACAACAAAAGAAACGAUUGCUGUAGGUAACGCUAUUUUGGCCUUGGAAUACCUACCCAACGACCGCAUUCGUGAGCUUUGCGACGAUAUAUCAGCGUACGUAGCUGGUUUUGUAAAAUAAUAAAGUCUUUAGCUGAAUUUAUUCGUGUACUUUA